AUGGAUAAUUCACCAUUAUCUGCUAAUCAAGAUGAGUUUCAUGAUCUGUUACUAGAUGAGCUAGAUGAUUUUCCACCAGAUUUGUUAAAUUUAAUUCAACCGAAUCAAAAUGUUCAUAAUCAUAAUCAAAUUCAUAACCAGCAUUUAAAUCAACAACAUUUACCACAACAAUUACCUCCUCCUCCACCUCUUCAUUUACAAACUCCUCAAGCCACAACACGUCCAAUACGAUCAAAUCAAACAAUUGCUACAACUCCUUUAGUUUCCACCAAUUUUUCAAAUCAAAAUACUCCAAUUAUACCCAUGGGUACAUUUACAAAUUCAUCACCAAUUACUCCAAUUCAACCACAAUUUAAUGCUUUACAAUUUACUUCACCACCAUCAUUUAUCAAUUCAAGAAGAGAAUCAUAUGAACAAAUAAGUCCAAUUGGAUUAGGUGUAACUACUAUACCAGAGCAAAAUAAUGAUAAAAUAUACUACCAAAAGAGAAAUAUUCAAUCAGAAACAAAUUUAAAUGACACAACAAGAGUAAAGAUAAAGAAAGAAGAUAUUGGAAACUUUCCAGAUUCUCCAACCACUAUAGAUUGUACAAGUCCAAAGUCAGAUUUAGAAGAUAAUGAAAAAGAUGAGAAGAAGAAGAAUAAUAAUAAUGUCACAGUUGAAGAUAUACUAGAAACUGAUCCGUUUGAAAAUAUAAUGAAGAAAGAGGAUUCAGAAAGUCAAAGUCCAUAUAGACAUUCAGUCAAAGACGAAAAUGAUCCAUUAAAUGAAUUUCUUGAUUUUGAUAAGAAUGAAGAAAUUGCAAGUAUAUUUAGUGAAACUUCAAAACCACAACAAUCUCAAACAUUAACUCCAAAGAAGAAACGUAAUUCAGUUCCCAAAUUUCAACAACAGAAAACGACAAAUAACAAUAAUAAAGUUCUUAAAAAAUCUUCGAGUUUUAAUGGACAAUCUACAUUUAUUACAAAUCCGAAAUUACAAUGGACAAAAAAUAAUCAUGGUCAAAACUCAGCCAAGCAAAGAAGUUUAAGUUCAAAUUACUCAUUAGGUGAUUUAAAUCAUAAUGGACAACCGAUAUUCACAUUAAGUAAUCAUUAUUCAUUUGUUUAUGAAAAUAAUGAAAAUAAUCUACUGAAUUCAAAUCCUAAUAGCCUGCAUGAGAAACAGCAACAACAUCAGCAAAAUAAGAAGUUUUACAAAGAAAGUCUAAAGAAUUUGGAGAGUGGAUUAAUUGAGUUUCAGCUUGAUUUGAAAAAGAAGUAA